AUGGUCAAGAUCUUCAUCGACACUGGAAAGGGAAAGAUCGAAGAGCGGGAGAAGACUGAUUUCAGCAAAAAAGAAACCAUUGGAGAUGUGGUGCACACCUACAAUCUGCAUGGCCAUCCCAACGGAGUCGAAAUCCUGGAAUGCAAAUAUCGCGGGAAUCAUAUUCCGCUUGAUUUCGAACUGAAGCCAGAACACAGCGAGAUUCGUGUUCGACUCAAGAGACCCCUGGUAAGCCAAUUUUUAGUUGAAAUUUAUACAGUAGGGGACCUGAUCCAGUGGCAAAAAACGUACCAUUUUGCUUCCGGGUAGUAUCAAAAAUGUGGCAAAACACCUCCCUCUCCAAGUAAAAACACUCCGAUUUCAAAAGCGCGCCCGCUCUUUUUGUGAGGGAAAGGACGCGCUCUUCAAAAAGGAGGUGUUUUAGCUGGAAAGGGAGGCAUUUUGCCACAUUUUUGAGACUUCCCGGAUGCAAAAUGAUACGUUUUUUACCAUUGGAUCAGGUCCCUCACUUUACAUUUUAUGAUGACGGUUACUUUCUGAAAAUGUCGGCCUACCCUUUGCGGUCGAAUUUUCAACGAUCUGCCGAAAUAAAUUCAGCAAAGUAGCUGGAUUUAUUUCGGCGAAAAAUUUUUAGGGUCCUUCGAUGCCUGAGGAUUUAAUGCACUGUGAGAAAACAAAAAUUACCUCGCAUCGUGCGAUUUGUUGCUUUUUGCACCGUGCAAUCGGCUUCUUUGGGGUGUCACUGGCAUCCUGACUUUUCUGACAUAGUGCAAAAAAACUGUAGGGACUUUACGAACGGACUAGUAGACGGUAUUUCCGCAAAAAAUCAAUAUUUUCCGCACAAAACUAGUAAAGAUACGGGCAAAAGGUGCUUUUCUCCACUUGAUCGCAACGUUUAAUUAUUUUUUUUAUUGCAGAUUACCUUUGAAUUCACUCAUAAUGAAACGAAAAAAGUCGUACAACGCUUCGCUUAUGAGGACGCUCAAGUUUACAGACUAGCCUACCAAAUCCUGGAAGAUAGAAAAAUUUCCACUUCAGGAUUUGACGUCCACAUCUUUAUUGUAAGUAAAUUACAAUUUAGACUUUAUUCAAGACUUACUAAGUAAUUAACAUUUGUGAUUUCAGGCGGACACCGAAGAGAAACUCAAAAAAAUUCCGACGUUUUCGACGGUGUCCUUCGGCCAGACCUACAAAGUCUUUUUGACUCCCGCGUAUUAUCCAACUAGCAUUCCCGACAACGAUAAAAAGUUCGUAGAGGCUUUACGAAAACUGUUCCCUGAGAUAGAGGCAAGACAAUUUGGUCAAACAAUCCGUCCGAGCGUGCCCUCGAGAACCACAAAUACUGCCGAUGAAGGUCUUAAGCAGAGCUCGAAGGAGUUGUCUGAAGAUUCGAGGAAGGAAAAAGAAAGAACUGAGGCAUUGCUAACAGCGCCGGCGAAACCAAUCAGGCACUCGAUGGACAAGAGGUUGGAGGUCGAAAAAUCAUCUACCGCUGAAAUAAGCCCUGCGGCAGUGGAUUCAAAAACCCCAACCAGCUGCUCUGAAGUCACUGAGAAACGCCGCAAGGAACUGCCGAACACCGUGGAUCAAAAACUCGCUGAGUUUAUGGAAAAACUCACUGUAAAAAUGAGCGACGACAAUUCAAGACAAGUGGAAGCGGUCAAGUCGAUGAUUGGUCAGAUUUUUAGACCAGAAGAAACCGAAGAGUACAAGAAAUUGAAGCGUGGCUGCAAAAAGCUACUGAAGGAACUUCAGACCUCCCAAGAAGUCAUGAAGAAACAUGUAGAUAAAUAUAACGAAGUGAAAACUAAACUCGAGCAAGAAAGGAAAUUGGUCGCCGAAUUGCAACAAGACUUGAAGCUCUCCAAAUCUCAAUGCGAACUGAAUCUGCGCAAGAUGCAAGGCUACAAAAAACGGAUGGACGAGGAGAUUGAGCGAAACGUGGAAGUAAACUUGCGUUUUCAGAACAUGACCGCUGCAUUAGACCGUCUAAUAAUUCAAGUUAAUACGAUUUUUAAUGGCAAGGAAUCGGAGGAGAAGCUCGAGGAGUCAUCUACAUGCGAAAGUUUUGAGGUCCUUAAUCAAGAUCAAUUCCAAAUCUCCUUCGAUUCUCCUCAUGGCUGA